GAUGGUGCAGUUGGGGUGUUCCCUGCUUGCUCUUUAUAAGCUGUGGAGCCAGAGGGAAAAGUCAGUGUCUGCUCCCUCAUAGGAGCAACAGGUGAUGGAUCCCAAAAGCCAGCGUCUUCGGCUUAAUGACAGUCACUUCAUUCCUGUACUGGGAUUUGGUACCUAUGCACCUGAAGAGGUUCCUAAGAGUGAAGCUCUGGAGGCCACCAAAUAUGCCAUAGAAGUUGGGUUCCGUCAUAUCGAUGGUGCUUAUUUAUACCAAAAUGAAGAGCAGGUUGGACAGGCCAUUCGAAGCAAGAUUGCAGAUGGCACUGUGAAGAGAGAAGACAUAUUCUACACGUCAAAGCUUUGGGCCACUUUCCUUCGACCAGAGUUGGUCCGACCAGCCUUGGAAAAGUCCCUGAAGAAUCUCCAACUGGACUAUGUGGAUCUCUACAUCAUUCAUUUUCCAGUGGCUCUGAAGCCCGGGGAGGAACUUUUGCCAAAAGAUGAAAACGGAAAAGUACUAUUUGACACAGUGGAUCUCUGUCACACGUGGGAGGCCUUGGAGAAGUGUAAGGACGCAGGACUGACCAAGUCCAUCGGCGUGUCCAACUUUAACCACCAACAGCUGGAGAAGAUCCUGAACAAGCCAGGGCUCAAGUACAAGCCCGUCUGCAACCAGGUGGAAUGUCAUCCUUACCUCAACCAGAGAAAGCUGUUGGAUUUCUGCAAGUCAAAAGAUAUCAUUCUAGUUGCCUACUCUGCUCUGGGAUCCCAAAGAGUAAAAGGAUGGAUGAACCUAAACCACCCAAUUCUCUUGGAAGACCCAGUUCUUGGUGCCAUUGCCAAAAAGCACAAGCAAACCCCAGCCCUGAUUGCCCUUCGUUACCAGCUGCAGCGUGGAGUUGUGGUCCUGGCCAAGAGUUACAAUAAGAAGCGGAUCAAAGAAAACCUGCAGGUUUUUGACUUUGAAUUGCCUCCAGAAGAUAUGAAAACAAUUGAUGGCCUCAACCAAAAUUCAAGAUACUGUGAUUUUUCAUAUGCCAUUGGCCACCCUGAUUAUCCAUAUUGACCCCGAGUUACUCAUCAUGCAUUCUACCAGAACAUCAUGCUUCCAGGGCUGUGAAGAGGAUUUCUGUACUUGAUGGAGGUGUUUAAAAGAAGUGUCUGCACUUCUGAAAGCUUGCCUUUCCUUUAAAAAAAAAUGUAUGACAUAGUAAAGGCUUCAGAUAAGUAUGCUUGUCUUUCCUGAUAAUACAAGAAUACAUACAAAGGACAAAAAAGUUUAGAGAAUAAAAGGCAAAGAAUAGAAAAUAAAGCUAACCUAUGAUUAAUCCCUUUAA